CCUGAUAAAUUAAUUUUACAAGGCUGUUAUCUCCCUGUCUUGUCUACAGGCUUGCUAUGCAGCAUCAGCUAUUGGAUAUCUAACUGGGAGACCUGGUGUUUGCCUUGUGGUUUCUGGACCAGGAUUAAUACAUGCCCUGGGUGGAAUGGCAAAUGCCAUGAGUAACUGCUGGCCAGUUUUAGUGAUUGGUGGUUCAAGUGAUGUUGAUCAAGAAAGCAUGGGUGCUUUUCAGGAAUUUCCACAGGUUGAAGCAGCAAGACCUUAUGCCAAGUAUUCUGCAAGACCAAGCUGUGCAGGCGAGAUACCAUUCUUUGUUGAAAAGGCUGUGCGAACAAGUAUAUAUGGUAGACCAGGAGCUUGUUAUCUGGACUUGCCAGGAAAUAUGAUCACAGAGAAAGUGGCAGCCUGUAAGGCAAGGUCAAUUCGGUGUUCUCCAGCUCCUCCAAAGUGUCUUGCAGAUCCAUCUGCAGUGGAAAAAGCAAUCAAGGUUCUUAGAGAAGCAAAGAAACCCCUUGUAAUAAUUGGCAAAGGUGCAGCUUAUGCACAUGCUGAGAAGCCUCUUCAGGAGUUUGUUGAGAGAUGCAACUUACCAUUUCUCCCCACACCCAUGGGGAAGGGAGUGAUUUCUGAUGAACAUCCCCUGUGUGUUGCGGCAGCCAGAUCAAGGUACAUUCAAUGUGUUCCUAGUGUCAUACAAGCACAAUGUGUGCACAACCACAUACCAAGGGGCUCUCUUCUUCCCAUCCCUCCACCCCCCUCGCGUGAGAGAGGGGCGGGACUCCUCAUCCCCCUCACAUGCCCCACCCUCACCUCCUAGAGUGAAAGAGUGCUAGAACCCUCCUCCCUACCCUGCUAGAGACCCUAGGAACAAGGUUGAAUGUACUAAUGCAAAGGUUACAGGUGUAUACAGGCAAUUGCAUCCUUUGUGGUCUCUCCACAAAUUGUGUCUUUCAUGCUUCCAUGCAGCUUCUCCUGAAAUUUCCAUACAGCUAUUAAUGUUGGUCACAGUCACCUGUGCAAGAUUGAUAUGAUACAAUACAACAACAAUAUUACCAAGCUCAUAUACAUGUAAGGAGCGAUAUAUUUUUGAGCAAUUGCUUAAGAUUGUUGUUCAUGAAUUUUUUUUUUUUUCUUUGUCAGAGCCUUGUCUCAAGCUGAUAUGAUAUUUCUGUUUGGAGCAAGAUUAAACUGGAUUCUGCAUUUUGGGAAACCU